AUGUUCAAUAAAUUUGGUUAAUAGUUAAAACCAAUAGGCAUUAGAUCAUCGUCUGAAACUAAGAAGGAAUAAGCUAAUCAAAAAUAAAACUUUUAAAUAGUCCCAAAGAGAUAGAAGAGUGAAUCAAGAGUAAGUGAAGAAUAGAAAUCACACUUUUAGAGUGUACCUACUCAAAGGGGAAAUGUAAGAUUGCCUGAUUUAAACAAAUCGCAAAAGCAAAUUGAAAAGUCAAUAUCUGGAGGUGAUAUCACCAAAAAGCCUCCUCUAAUGAGAAGUAGAAUCAUCAUUGAUUCCAAAUAAAAAUAACAGUAGUAAUAAUAAUAGUCUUUGACGCAAUCAAUUACUAUAAAGAGUAAAAAAGAAGAGAGUAUUUAGCAUAGUCAAUAAUAAAGAGAAAAGAUGAAGGUCUUCUAUUUUAGUUAAUCACGACCUGGUUAUGAUGGAAUAUCAGAGAAAACUAAUUAAGAUAGAGAACUCUGUUUACAGUUUGAUGAAAAUAACUAUGCUUUUGUAGUAAUGGAUGGUCAUGGAAUGGAUGGAGAGCGUGCCAGCGGUUUUGUUAAGGAACAAUUGAAAAGUAAGAGAUAUGUAAAUAUGUAGUUAAUUUGAAUAAGUUUUAUAAGGUAUUUGACUUUUAAAAAAUAUUUUUGGAUAUCCAUUAAAAGAUGAAAUUGUAGACGGUUUUUGGAUGUUAAUUUUCUGGAACAACUGCAACUGUAAUACUCUUAAAUGAAAACAAUAUAUAAUGCGGUUGGGUAGGUGAUAGCAGAGCCAUUCUAGUGAGGAAACAUCAGGAUUUAACUGUUAUUGAAUUAUCAGUAGAUCAUAAACCUCAUUUGGAAGGAGAACGAUAAAGAAUAGAAUAACACGGGGGAGUUGUAGAUACAUAUCAUUUGCCAAGUGGAGCACCCAUUGGACCAUCAAGAGUAUGGGCAAAGGGAGCAUAAUUUCCAGGUUUGGCGAUGAGUAGAAGUUUAGGAGAUUUGGUUGCUGCAUCUGUUGGAGUAUCUCAAAUGCCUGAGUUAAAUUUAGUAGAUAUUGUGAAUAAAGAGGAUUUAUUUAUUGUAUUAGGAUCUGAUGGAAUUUGGGAGUUUCUGAAUAAUUAAACUGUAUUAUGAGUUAAAUAAUCAAGAUAGCAGAAUUGGUUUAUCCAUUUUAUAUGAAGAACGAUCCUCAGGGAGCUUGUUAAAAGAUUAUUUAGGAAGCUGUGGCUGCUUGGAAAGCGUAUAGUGAGGGAAUAGAUGAUAUUACUGCAAUAGUUAUAUUCUUUCAAUAUGGAUUAUGA